UCAAAAGUAUAUAACUCUGUGGAUUUCAAGAAAAAAGAAAGAGGGAAAGUGCAAGUCAAAAAGAAAAAAGGAAAGCCAGCUAGAUGGCCGGGGGAGCUUUUGCAGUUGAUGGGCCGGUUAGCGCUCUUAACAGCAAAAUAACGGUGGCCGUAGUCCUAACGUGCGUCGUUGCUGCUUCCAGCGGGCUCAUCUUUGGCUAUGACAUUGGAAUUUCAGGGGGUGUGACAACAAUGAUACCAUUUCUAAGCAAAUUUUUCCCAUCGGUAUUGAAGAAGGGAGCACAAGCCAAAAGAAACUUAUACUGCAUGUAUGAUAGCCAGGUAUUGACCGCAUUCACAUCCUCGCUCUACAUAGCAGGCUUAGCAGCAUCACUUGGAGCUAGCCGUCUCACUGCCUUAUUGGGCCGCAAGAACAUCAUGAUCUUAGGUGGCUUCACUUUCCUUGUCGGAGCUGCCAUUAACGGCGGUGCAGUCAACAUUGCUAUGCUCAUAUUAGGCCGAAUUUUGCUCGGAUUUGGUGUCGGUUUUACUAACCAAGCUACCCCUGUCUAUCUCUCGGAAGUGGCACCUCCCAAGUGGCGUGGCGCAUUCAACACGGGCUUUCAGUUCUUCAUAGGCGUAGGCGUGGUGGUAUCGAAUUGCAUAAAUUAUGGCACGGCUAAGCGUAGCUGGGGCUGGCGACUAUCGCUUGGCCUUGCCAUAGUUCCUGCUGCUGUUAUGACAAUUGGAGCUCUACUCAUAAUGGACACGCCUAGCAGCUUGGUGGAACGUGGUAAGCUUUCUCAAGCCAAGAGAUCUCUUCAGAAAGUCAGAGGAUCUAACAACGAUGUGGAUUCAGAGUUGGCUGAUCUUAUUAAGACCACCGAUAUCACUAGAGCAAUCAAUCAGGAGCCUUUUGUGACCAUAUUCCAGAGGCAAUACCGGCCUUACCUUGUGAUGGCAAUUGCUAUACCCUUUUUCCAACAGCUCACUGGCAUUAACAUCAUAGCAUUCUAUGCACCUGUCCUGUUUCAAUCCGUUGGGUUUGGAAAUGACUCUGCUUUGAUAGGAUCGAUCAUAUUGGGGGCGGUUAACCUUUGUUCGAUCCUAGUGUCUACCUUCGUGGUCGAUCGAUUUGGUCGUAGGUUCUUGUUCCUACUGGGCGGGAUUCAAAUGUUUGUCUGUCAGGUCGCCGUUGCUUGCUUGCUAGCAGUGACAACAGGUGUUUCUGGUACCAAGGACAUCUCAAAGGGAUAUGCCAUAUUAGUACUAAUUCUAAUGUGCAUCUAUGCUGCUGGUUUUGGAUGGUCGUGGGGGCCUUUGACCUGGCUUGUUCCAAGUGAAAUAUUCCCUCUCAAAAUUCGAUCCCCGGGCCAAAGCAUCAGUGUGUCUGUCAAUUUUGCUACCACAUUUGUGCUAUCCCAAACAUUUUUGACCAUGCUCUGCCACUUCAAGUACGGCACGUAUCUAUUCUAUGCUGGUUGGGUCUUUGUCAUGACCCUUUUUGUUGCACUUUUACUACCGGAGACCAAAGGAAUCCCUUUGGACGCUAUGCAUGUUGUUUGGGAGCGACACUGGUUUUGGCGUCGGUUUGUUCGACCCCAAUCCCAACCCCCACCAACCCCACCUACCCCGGAGGCCAUGAACAUGUUGUUCAUACACUAACUCAAAAUUAGCAUGGGGAGGUACGGAUAUCUAUAUAUAGAAUUUUAAUAUAUUGGAAGUUUAUUGAUA